GAAAGGCAUUACCCGCACUUCCGUUGCCCAUGACACCGGAGCGAAGUUCUGACAGCUGAUUCCAAAAUCAGUUCCCAUCCACUUUCGGCGUCAACUUCCAAAUUCUUCGGGUUGUUUAGAGCCGGGUCUACCUGUGAAGAUCCCGGGCUGGACUUACCGACGGCACUUUGAACGGAGGACAGCUGAUUAUGAUUAUAGCAGGAAGCGCUAGCUCUGAGACAGCAGACAUUUGAGCAGCAGUGCAGCGUGGGGCAGACAGAGGCGUAUCACAGCGGCGUAGCCAUGCUAACACUGGCCAGCAAGUUGAAGAAGGAUGAUGGAGGAAAGACAGGCCGUGCCUCUGGAGCCUCAGACUCCACCCACAGGGUCUCCAUCAGGGACCGCCUCCUUACCAAAGAAGUUGCAGAUUUAGAAGCCAAUCUACCUAGUACAUGCAAAGCCAGUUUCCCAGAUGAGAAUAAGCUGCAUCAUUUUCAGCUGGCAGUGUCUCCUGAUGAGGGCUACUACCAAAGUGGAAGGUUUCAGUUUGAAAUAGAUGUCCCUGAAGCUUACAACAUGGUGCCUCCGAAAGUCAGGUGUAUGACCAGAAUAUGGCAUCCUAAUAUCACAGAGAAUGGAGAGAUCUGUUUGAGCUUAUUGCGGGAACAUUCAAUUGAUGGCACAGGAUGGGCCCCGACCAGAACGUUAAAGGAUGUCGUUUGGGGAUUAAACUCUUUGUUUACUGACCUGUUGAACUUUGAUGAUCCAUUGAACAUUGAUGCAGCAGAACAUCAUCUGAGAGACAAGGAGGACUUCCGGAAUAAGGUUCAGGAUUACAUCAAGCACUACGCCAGAUGAUUAGCAGCACUGGCCACUGACAUCAGCCUGCACCAACCAAACUGCUCUACCUAGCCUCUGCUUAUCUGGCCCACUCCUCCACAUGUGUGAAUCAGCAGCAGACUCUUUGACUCUUUCCACUCCCCCCUUCCUCUCUGACACCACAACCCUGCCUCCUUUUCCUGUUCACCAAGUUGCAAUAAACUACACAUUGCAGGAAUGAAAUUUAAUAAAAAAAAAUGCGAUGAAGGAAGGACUCGUACAAGAAAAUCAUGCUUUAGUUCUCCUUAUCAGCUGAGUGUCUGUCCGUUGUGGCGAGAUUAUUAAACGUCGCCUCACCCAGGUGGCUAUGAGGUUGUCGGGAAGGAGCCAUGGCAACGAACGACAAGAAGUCUGAUGCGAUGUUUCAUUAAAGACAAGAAGCCGCUCAUACAUAAGAGAUAUCUGUUAUUAUCAGUUCUCUGUUCCAGUGCCUGCAUUGUUGGUGUCGAUGAGAGAAAGUGCAUGGGAGUUCACAAACUUAAACUCACUGGAAGCACGCUGUUGCACUCUGUAGUUAAAGGUGUGCACGCACACAUGACGCGCACACAAGAUGGAAAAGCCUGCAGCCCCAUUACACAGCAUGUGAAUGACCACAUCACCUUGUUUUGUUUUUCAUUUUACUUGCAUGUGCACACAAAAACACUCACCCAAAAUUCGUUUUCAGCUCCAGUGACUAAAUAUUGUCAUGAAAAACAACAGCCAAAUGACCUGUUCUCAGCCUCAUCUCUUCUCUUUAUCACUUCACUUGUCUAAAUGUUUUUAUUCAUACACACAAACACACACUUAACCUUCUUUAUGUUGAUGAUGAAGAGUUUUGUUCAAGCAGUGCAACCAAGAAGUGCUCCCUCAUCUUAUUGGCACGUUGGUUCUGCACUUAGGUGCAGUGAGGUCUGACCGAUAAAGGUUUAAUUUUGUAUCCAUAACAUAAAAAUAGUAAUGGGAUUUUACCUUUUUCUAUUUAACCACUUCAACCUCCAGGUUUAAUUGAUAAAAAAAUUAAAGUGUGAUCUUAAUUGAUCAAAUUUUUAAGUUCUGUUAACUGCUUGUUGGUGGAUGUAGUGAAUUAUUUAGCAACUCACAAGAUUGAUGUCAUUAGAGACCAGCUGACAGAAAAUCAACUCUAAAUUAGUGUUAAUGUUGCUUUAGAACGACUGGAUGUGUUAAUCAUCUUUGGCUCUUAGAUGUACGUCUGCAUACCUCUACACGCAUCUUUGGUUACCUGAUCACAAGUCAACAGCUCUUAUCAGUGCGUAUAUAUACACCUGGCAUUAAAAGGUCUACAUGACAGCGACCAAUGGUGAGUGAAUCUUACUCUCCUGACUGAGUUUCUUUCCUUCUCUCUUCCUCAAAAAAAUCAUGUUUAUGUGCCACAGUUUACAAAAGAAUCUGUCCAUGUAAUAACAUAAAUAUAUUUUUUAUUUUUGACAGGAUUUACUUGAUCCUGCCCUAUAAUAUUCAGGUAACCGCUGUGUCCUGGAUAUCAGAAAAUUUUCUUGCUGUUCUUAUCCUGUGACGGCAUCAGGUUCUGUGUCGUUGGACUGAUGUUUUGUCUAAACGUGCAGUGAAGGUGUCAAAGUGCAUUCAGACACUUCUUUCAUUAAUAUAGUUGGCAAGUAGCUGUACAUUUAUGUGAAGUUUAAGUCAUUACCAUGUAAAAUAAGGGGGAACUGGUGCUUAAUUGUGACGUAAACCAAGAAGAUAACAUCCCAAGCUUUAAACUGCAGUUUUCCAAUCUUAUCGUAAAUGUUCAAAGCCUCAAAGCUGUUUGCAUGUGGACAAUAGAUGCAAUCACAUAAAAAAUGUGCAACUGUCUUAAUACCUGUGUUCAUGUGUACAAAGGCCUCAGUCUAAAGAUUUCUGCCAAAUCAAGAAGUAAAUUCAGUCACCAGAGUAAUGUCAUCAGUAUAACAUCUCCCAUCUGGUUGGGAUACAUUCAUUUAGUCAGUUUCAGUAGGUUAUGUUAUGUAAGCACAUUAUGAGAGAAGACUAAACAAACCAAAAUGUCUACAAAGACAUAUUUGUGAUAUUUGACCUCACUUCUUCUGAUUGAAUACUGAGGUGCUGGGAGCCGUUCUCGGUUGGCACUAAACAUUUGAUGCAAGAAAUAUCAGGCAACUUGUAGUUUCCAUAGGAUGAACCCAAACUCACACUCACAACUGCAGUGUUCACUGUUGCUGCAGAACCUAUAAACAGGACACCAGAGGUUUCCUGUGAGUUAUACAACCAGUGCAUUUGGUUUUUGUUGUACAAACACACAGGCUGAACUCACAAGACAAAAAAAUCCUAAUCAAACCCCUGGAUUAUGUGUACUGCGUCACCUGAGUAGGUGGUCUUUUGUCAUGACCUAGGAAACACGUUUUCUUUGUUAAAAAGAAAAGUGAACAUGUGUCCCAGACAUCUAUGAAUGUAGUCAAAGUAAUGGAAUCCUAGGGUGUCAUCAAUAUGUCUUUCACACCUGUACUUAGAGACUUUUACUUGUGACCGGAUCACCAAAGACAUAAGUGAAUGCAAGGUGUAAAGGGCCAUAGAUAUCAAUGGACAUGUCAGAGCAGUUGCACAGCAGCUGAUGACUCCUGAACUUAGUUGUUCUCAUUUGCACAGACCAGGUAAAUAGAGUAAAAUAUAUAAGGCAUACACCACUGGUGGGGUUCUAGCACUUUAAGCAUAUGCUAAAAUAAUUUAUUGUCAUAUCUGCAGUGACUUACAUCUUCUGGUGAUGCUGUCAUGACAUAUUUGGGAAGUUUCUUCACAUGUGCAGUGUUUUGUUGUGUGUUGAAUUCAGUAUCUGAAUGGGGGUAUGUCGAAAAUUAAAUCUGAGACUCACAAAGACAGUUAAAAACCAAGCUAACCAGUUAGUAAGGCCUGGUGCUUGCAGACAAGCUAGCUAGCUAGUUAAUUAGCAAGCAGCUUUCAUCUUUUACCAGGUAUGUGAAAUUCUUGAGUUGCAUACACUGUUAAGGUGACCUACAGUAGUUUAGGCUAGUGGCUUUUUUUUUUGCUUUGGACAAGAUUUGUGGAAAAUAAGUCACCAUGUUUGCUACUGGAAUAACUUGCUAACUUCAGUGCAUUUUAGCUAGUCAACUCAUUUAGCAGCUGCACGGUUGAUAACCAAAUAAUGUCGAACUGACUUCCCUAAAGUCUGCCACUUCAAAUUUUGUCUACUGAUUGUUUAUUUUCUCUGUGUGUGUCAGAGUGUUGCAAGCUUAAGCCAUCUGGCUUCUUCACAGCCUGUUGCUUUGCUUUGUGUUACCCAGAAAAAAAGAUGAGGGGAGUUCAAAGUUGCUAGCGCUGUGCUUGAGUGAGUUCAAGUUGCAUCUCACUCCAAUUUCAAUUUCACAUGACUGUAUGAGGCAAAAGCGGUGCGUUUAACUGAGGUUGCCGUUUAUCAAGAUUGUGUUGGAAGUGUGUGUGUAUGAAUGUAAAAACUGACAUUCUGUUCUUAUGGAGUGUGUGAGUAAGUGUGCACACAUGUGGGUAGUUACAGUAUGAAAUGGAGACUGUAUGAUUUUAGCAUGUUCUGGUUUCUUCAUGUCAUUUUUUUUUUUUUAUUCUGGCCCAUGACUUUUUUUUUUUUCCCUGAUGAAAAAUAAUCAAACAACCAAUACCACCGGUCCCUGCCAAAAUGAAGGACCCAACAGUAUGUUAAACAAAGAAAGCGAACGUGAAUACAGAUGUUUUAAAGCUUUUCAUUGUGUAACUAAAGCUAAUUUAACUGUCUAUUAAAAUGAAUCCAUGCUGCAUGAUUGCCACGACAGUUAACCGUCAUGGUAAUGUUCGCCCCACUGAUGUUAUGCCUGACUCAAUGUACUUGAUCAUAGCCUUACUUACUCUCUAAACUAAACUUGUUGUUGGAGAAGCCAUCAUUUGUCCUUUAGUUUGGCAGCUACCGGUGUUCUUUCCUCCAAGGGUGUUUUUGAGAAACGUCUUUGCUUUUGUUUAACUUAAUCUUUUGGCCAGAGGAAGAAGAUCAACAGCCUGUUCUCUAGCUCCUCAACCUUUUCUUUCUGAGAUUGUAUAUCCAUUUUUUUAAGAUAUAUUAAAAGAGAAUA